CCAAACCGUGCUGCUCUUUCUUAGCAUUAUCCGUUUCGUUGUGCUGCUGAAUGGCAACACCAGCUUUCACUUUCUACUCUACAAUGUCAGCUUCAGCUUCGUUUCUUGCUCCGUCCCCCUCUUUCGCUCCAUUCAGGGGUAGCAAAGAGGUUCCACGUAUGUUUUCAGUGUCUAACAAAAAGGAGAAUCGCACUUCAAAGCUUUACAUUAUACCCAUCACCACUGUUACUCGCUUUUGUGCCUCAACAGCUUCACUUGAGUCCUUGCACUUUGCUGACACUAAUGCUAAUCAAAAUCACAGGUAAGAAGCGGUUUUCUUCCAUCGAUAUAUAGCUACAAGUACCUUGACUCUGCAAGUUGUGUUCCGCAGAAUAAACGAAUUUGAGACUGAGUUGAACGAGUUCUUUGAUGAAGUGAAAACAAUGAUUAGAAUGGGAAAAAGAGAUGAUGCUCUUGACCUACUUAAUGCCGGCUCUAAAGGCAUUCAAGAAGCUGCAAUUCUGGAUGUCUUAGCGCGGGGUUAUGUGGCUGUUGGAGACCUAAAAACUGUUGCUUCUCUGUUGAAUGUGAUGAGAAAAGUGAUUGACAAUUUGAAGGAUGACACACAACAUCUAGAUUUGAUACUUACGCAUAUGGGAAGUAUGUAUUCAACAUUGAGCAAGUUUGGAAAAUCACUGGACACGCAUCAAAGGGCUUUCAACAUUAUGGAAAGGACCUAUGGUAAGGACAGCCCUUUUCUUGUCACACCCUAUUUGGCUAUGGCAAAGGUUCUUGGUUCAACUGGAAAAGCAACAAAAGCCAUAGAGAAAUACCAGUGUGCAAUAACUAUUUUGGAGUCUAAGUGAGGUGCUGAAAGUAAGGAUUUGGUUGUACCUUUACUUGGUCUUGGCAAUCUUUUACUGAAAGAAAGAAGAGUCAACGAUGCAGAAACUCAUUUUACUAGGGUUCUCGACAUAUACACAAAGUCAUAUGGACAAAAUGAUGGAAGAAUUGGAUUGGCCAUGAGUUCCCUUGCCCAAGUUAAGUGUGCUCAAGGGAAGUCAGAUGAAGCAAUCAAUUUGUAUGAACAUGCACUUCAUGUCAUGAAAGAUUCCAAUUACUUGUCGCCAGAUGACAGCAUCAUGGAAAAGAUGAGGGUAGAUGUUGCUGAGUUGCUUCAUGCUGUCGGGAGAGCACAAGAAGGCAGAGAAUUAUUAGAGGAAUGCUUGUUAAUCACAGAGAGGCACAAAGGAAAAGGUCACCCCGGCUUAGUGACACACAUGAUAAAUCUUGCAACUUCAUAUUCCCAAUCGAAGAAUUAUGCAGAGGCCGAGCACUUGUUGAGAAGAAGUUUGGAAAUAAUGAUAAAGCAGAAAGGAAGCGAUGACCAGUCCGUCAGCUUUCCAAUGUUGCAACUUGCAGUUACGCUUCACCAUUUGAAAUAAGAUGAAGAAGCUGAGAAACUGGCACUGGAUGCUUUGCGCAUCCGUGAGAAGGCAUUUGGAGAAGAUUCUCUUCCAGGUAUUCAAACUCAAGUUGGUAAAGAUGAGAGCGAGUUAGUUGUGCUACUUAGAAGGAUUCGAGGUAUACAAGAGAGAGAAUUUGGAUACGAGAGUGAGGAAGUUUUGGUUACAGUGAAAAAGAUUGUAUUCUUGUUGGAUAAACUAGGGAGAAGAGAUGAAAUGCUUCCCUUGCAGAGGAGGUUGUCUCUGCUUAGAAAGAAGUAUAAGCAGAUGAUUCAUCACUGA